AUGGCCAACGAUGAAGACCACCUUAUAUCCCCCGACAAUGGAGCUGGCCACGACACGCAUCCGACAAAAUCUUCUGUCCCGGCCAGGAAACCGACCAUGGCUGACUACUUCAGGGUUUUCUCGUACGCUACAAAAUGGGACUUCUGCAUGUACGCCAUGGCAUGUUUCGCAUCGAUAGCAGGUGGCGCUACGCUCCCAUUCAUGAACAUCAUCUUCGGACAACUUGUCAAACAGUUCACCGGAUACUUUGGAGACUCCUCCGGCAUAACCCCGGAUACCUUUGGCAGUGUCUUGGACCGACAAGCGCUGUACAUCAUGGCGCUCUUCCUGGCCCGUUGGGCUCUUAAUAGCAUCACUAAAUUCUGUUUUCAGAUGAUCGGUAUCCGCCUCUCCUCUGAGAUCCGCCUGAAUUACCUCGAAGCCCUCUUCGCACAGCCCAUCCAGGUCAUCGACUCCAUGCCCCCGGGGGCACCCGCAACCGCGAUCACCGCGACAUCCAAUACCCUGCAAAUUGGAAUCUCGGACAGGCUGGGGACAUUCCUGCAGUACAUGAGCACAAUCGUGACUGCAUUCGUCGUAUCCUUCAUCUGGAGCUGGGAUCUCACCUUGGUCAUGAUGUCACUCAUCCUUUACACAUUCGUUGUCAUAUCGGUGGUGCUGCCACCCAUUGUUAAGGGUCAGACAGAGACGGCAGCGGCCGACACAGAGGCUAAUGCCAUCGCCAGUGAGGCACUCGGUGGGAUCCGACUGAUCAUUGCAAGUGGAGCACAAGCCCAUAUCUUGUCCGGUUAUCAGAAAUGGGUAGAUGAGGCCAAGAGACGAGCUAUGAAGGUGGCCCCUUACAUGGGUGUACAAUUUGGUCUGCUCUUCUUCGGUGUCUUUGGCGCAUUUGGGCUGGCAUUCUGGUAUGGCACCCAGCGAUUUAUCGCCGGCGCCGUGAGCGAUGCUGGGGUGGUCAUUGUUGUUCUCUUCAACGUCACACUCGUCCUCAAUUCCUUGGAGCGCAUUUCCACUCCGCUCAUCGCUGUCACCAAGGCCAUGGUCGCCGCUUGCGAAUUCUUUACCGUUAUCGACAUGCCAAAAUUCACCUCAGGAUCGACGAAGCUGGAUGACAUGUCGCAUGAUAUCAUCCUUGACACUGUCACCUUUGCAUAUCCUAGUCGUCCGGAUGCUACAAUCCUCGAUAACCUGAGUCUUCGCAUUCGAUCGGGCCAGAACACCGCAUUGGUUGGUCCAUCCGGGUCGGGAAAGAGCACCAUCGUCGGCCUGUUGGAAAGGUGGUACUCCCUUCAGGACCAACAUGUCAUACCCGAAGUCGUGAAAGACACACAAUCUUCUCAGGACAAAGCUGUGGAGCCGGAACAAGAGGAUAUACGCGGUCACAAGCUCAAACAGCUUAGCGAGGUUAAGGCGAAGGCCUCCGGGUCAAUUUCCUUCGGCGGCCACGACCUGGGAGAUCUGGACUUGAAGUGGUGGCGGUCACGAAUAGGCCUAGUGCAACAAGAGCCCUUUCUCUUUAACGAUACAAUUUACGGAAACGUUACCCACGGCCUAAUAGGAACUGAGUGGGAGGACGAGCCGGAAGAAGUAAAACGACGGCUGGUUGAGACGGCCUGCCACGAAGCCUACGCCCAUGAGUUCAUCAGUCGAUUGCCUCAGGGUUACGAUACCCCCGUGGGUGAUGGUGGCGCAAAGCUCUCGGGAGGCCAAAAGCAGCGCUUGGCCAUUGCGAGGAGCAUCAUAAAGAAGCCGUCAAUCAUCAUCCUUGACGAGGCAACCAGUGCAAUUGAUGCAAGGAGCGAAAGAAUCGUUCAAGCUGCACUGGACAGAGCAACACAAAACCGUACAACCAUCACCAUUGCACAUCGUCUCUCCACGAUCAGAAAGGCCGAUAACAUAAUCGUUAUGCAGAAGGGCCGUGUGGUGGAAGAAGGCACGCAUCAAGAGCUGCUUGCUUCCGAGUUAGGUGUUUACACAGCCUUGGUGCGUGCUCAGUCCUUAGGUCUGUCUCAGUCCCGGACCUCCGAUGAUGAGACACUGGUAUCCGACGACAAGACACAAGAUCCAGGCUUUGAGGCCGAAGAAAUCAUGGUGAAGCGCAAGCAGGAUCCAGAGGAUCCAGAGAAAUUACUGCACGAAGAGGGCACAGAAAACCUGGCAAAGGGUAAAAAGUCGCGAGGUCUGAUCCGCAGUUUCGGUACGCUUCUGUAUAAUCAGCAGGGGCAGUGGCCAUACUAUGUGGGAAUCGUUUUGUCCUCCAUGGCUGUCGCUGCCGGUACCCCGAUCCAAGCCUGGCUAUUCUCCAAAGUCAUCAGCGUCUUCCUUCUGACGGGAGACGAGCUCAAGACGGCAAGCAGCUUUUGGGGUCUGGCAUGGCUAUAUCUUGCCUUGGGUGUUGGCUUAGCGUACCUGGCUGUAGGUUGGAUUGGCCUCACGGUUCAGUACAACAUCAGCGCCGUGUACAAAGAGCAGUAUUUUACCGACAUGCUGUACCAGAAGCUCUCCUUCUUCGACCAGGAUGCCAACUCCCACGGAACGUUAAGCGCUCGCGUUGCUAGCGAUGCUAAGCAGCUGGAAGAGCUCCUGGGCUUGAAUCUCGCGUUUCUCUUCUCUGGCGUCUUCACGGCCCUGGGCAGCGUCACCAUUGCGAUUGUCUUCGCUUGGAAGCUGGGCUUGAUCGCCGCCUUCGUCACGAUGCCUAUUAUGCUGGCGUCAGGGUACUGGAAGUUCAAACAAGAGGUGAGCUAUGAGCAGUUGAACUCGGCGGUGUUCCAGGAGUCAUCACAGUUUGCCACCGAAGCUAUUGGGGCCAUUCGAACAGUCUCCUCGCUCACAAUGGAAGGGUCCAUCGGGAAUCGGUACCGACAACUUUUGGACAAUCGCGUCAAGUCAGCACUCCGAAAAGCACGGUGGACGUCUACGCUGUACGGCUUUGCCGAUAGCAUUGGUAUUGGAUGUCAGGCUCUGGUGUUCUGGUACGGCGGCAGGCGCCUCGUGACUGGUGAAUACAGCCUGGAGGCUUUCUUUGUCUGCUUUAUGGCAAUUAUUCAAGGCGCAGAGGCAGCUGGUCAGUCUCUCGCCGUCGCUCCCAAUGCGUCUCAGGCUACGGUCGCUGCAAAUCGCAUACUUGACGUCCACGCCUCCGCGGAUACUGACCGACCUGGUGCUUCUGAGAACCUGGCGGAGGCCCCGGUCUUGGGUGACAUCUGUAACGGCAUGGAGAUUGAGUUUCAGGAUGUAUCUUUCAAGUAUCCCACGCGAGACAUCCCCAUAUUCGACCAUUUGAGCCUCAAAAUCGAGAGGGGACAGUAUGCAGCAUUUGUGGGGCCAUCCGGCUGCGGUAAGUCAACCAUAUUGUCCCUCUUGGAGAGGUUCUACGAACUCGGACCACAACAAGGCUCAGUCUUGUGCAACGGGGCCAACAUCAACGACUCGAACGUCUACAAGUACCGCAAGAACAUCUCGCUCGUAGCCCAAGAGCCAAUUAUGUUCCGUGGUACCAUCCGCGACAACAUCCUCCUCGGCAUCGAGAACCCCAGCUCCAUCUCCGAGGAGAGGAUAGCAGAGGUCUGCCGUGACGCCUUCAUCCACGACUUCAUCAUCUCCCUCCCCGAGGGAUACGACACCUACGUCAGCGCCAAAGGUGUCUCAUUGUCAGGCGGGCAGAAGCAACGCAUCGCCGUGGCGCGGGCGCUCAUCCGCAACCCCAAGGUCCUCCUGCUGGACGAGGCGACGUCAGCGCUUGACUCGGAGUCGGAGAAGAUGGUCCAGGCUGCGCUGGAGAGGGCGCGCGAUGGGCGAACCAUGGUUGCCGUAGCGCAUCGCCUGUCGACGAUCCAGAAUGCGGACGUCAUCUUUGUGUUUGAGGAGGGAAGGGUGGUGGAGAAGGGCACUCACGAGCAGCUGGUCCAGAAGCGAGGUAUCUAUUGGGGAAUGUGUCAAGCUCAGGCGCUGGACAUGUAG